UACUCUAUCUCCAAUAUUUUCUUUUCUCUUUGUUUUUUUUUCUGUUCAUCUCUUCAGUUUUCUCGGAAAACCCAAAGAGAAACACUCAACAUAGCUCUGUUUUUUUCUUUUCCUGUAAAUUCUGUUUGGAACCAAAGAAAGUUUACAAAAAAACAUUUUUUUUGUUUUGGUUUGAGAAUUUACUAGAAUGGAACCUGGAGGACCAGCAAAAACAGAUGCUGCUUCUUUAAAACUAUUGUUUUCUAUGAUAUGGAGAAACCCUUAUAUUCUUCUUCUUGCUUCUUCUGCUGGCAUUGGUGGAUUUUUAUUUGGAUAUGACACAGGUGUUAUUUCUGGUGCUCUUCUUUACAUUAGAGAUGACUUCAAAGUUGUUGACAGACAAACUGAACUUCAGGAAACUAUUGUGAGCGGUGCAGUUGCCGGAGCGAUUAUAGGAGCGGCUGUUGGUGGAUGGGUGAAUGAUCGGUUUGGACGGAAAUAUGCAUUAAUGACAGCGGAUUUGUUGUUUUUAGUUGGUGCUAUACUGAUGGCUUCUGCAAAUGGUCCGGCACUUCUGAUCGUGGGGCGAAUUUUUGUCGGAUUUGGUGUUGGAAUGGCGUCAAUGACAGCUCCGCUAUAUAUUUCGGAGGCUUCUCCUACUGUAAUCAGAGGUGCCCUUGUUGCUGCUAAUGGUGUUCUUAUUACUGGGGGCCAGUUUAUUGCUUAUCUUAUCAACUUAGCCUUUACUAAGGUUCCGGGAACAUGGCGAUGGAUGCUAGGAAUUGCAGGUAUUCCAGCUAUAUUGCAGUUCGUUCUAAUGAUAUUCCUUCCAGAAUCCCCUCGUUGGCUAUACCGAAAGGGCAGAGUAGAAGAAGCAGAGGCCAUUUUACGGAAAGUUCACGAACCUCAAUAUGUUGAACAAGAAAUUCAAGAUUUGAAAGAUUCGGUAGACAAGGAAAUCAUGGAAGAUGGAAAAUCUGGGAAGAUUAACAUUAUGGACUUGUUUAGAACCAAAACAGUGAGAAGAGGACUAAUCGCUGGUGUCGGCCUUCAGGUUUUUCAGCAGUUUGUGGGAAUUAACACAGUCAUGUACUACAGUCCUACUAUUAUUCAGUUGGCUGGGUUUGCUUCUAACCAAACUGCUCUGUUGCUGUCACUAAUAACUGCUCUUCUGAAUGCUGUAAUGUCUAUUGUCAGUAUGGCAUUUAUCGAUAAUUUUGGACGUAAGAAGCUUCUUAUCUGUAGUUUGAUUGGUGUAAUACUUUCCCUCGGUCUAUUAACCGGAGUAUUCAAUGUGAGCGCUAGUCACGCUCCAAAAGUUAUGCCUACUGAUUUGCGCUAUAGAAAUGCUACAUGCCCUGAUUACAGUUUAGCUUCAAAUUCCGGUUCUUGGGACUGUAUGACGUGCCUCAAGGCAAAAUCGGAUUGUGGAUUUUGCGCAGCGAGUUCCAAGCUACUUCCCGGGGUUUGUGUUUCCGCGACAAAUGCAGUGAAGCACCUCUGCAAUGGGGACCAUAGAGAAUGGUUCACUAGAGGGUGUCCGAGCAAAUAUGGAGGCGCUGCAAUUGUAGGACUGGCAGCAUAUAUCAUUUUCUUCGCUCCCGGGAUGGGAACCGUGCCUUGGGUUGUGAAUUCUGAGAUAUAUCCAUUAAGAUUCAGAGGGAUUUGCGGAGGAAUUGCUGCUACGUCAAAUUGGAUCUCGAAUCUCAUUGUUGCUCAGACAUUCUUAACCUUAACAAAGGUCCUAGGAACAUCUUGGACGUUCUUUAUGUUCGGAGUUAUCUCUGUCGUCGCGUUGUUUUUUGUCUUGGUCUUUGUUCCUGAAACCAAGGGACUGCCAAUAGAAGAGGUUGAGAAACUUUUGGAGGACAGGCCUCUGCAUUACAAGUUUUGGAAAAAGGAGUCUGUUCCCGGAAAAUCAACCGAUGAUACGAAACCUGAACCCUGAUAGUAGUGGGGACUGAGUGUGAUAAAUUUAAGGAAUCCUGAAAAUUUGAGAAUUGGGAGUCCUGAUAGUAUAGCUUAUUGAAGAUUACUCCAUGUCUUGUUCUUGAUAGAUGAUCUAGACUGUUUUGAUGUAGUUGCCAGGAUUAUUGUUUAAACCUUGGUAACUCUAGGAUGUAAUUGAUAUGAAUAAAUAAAAUCUUUAUUCAUAUCAUGCA